AUGAAAGUCAUUGCUUUGAUUGUUAUACUCUCAGCAGUAGUCUCAGCCCAUCUUCGUCGGUGGGAGCUGGUUCCCACGAAGGAUGGCGGAGUCGAGCUUUACGACUUGACCCAGCCUUUGCCGGAAGUGCGGGUCGAUACGAGUGACGUCAUCUUCGAGCUCUACACAAAAUCAAACCCAAGCAGCCCUCAAAUUUUGACAGCUGGUGGCUCUUAUACUGGGAACUUCGUUGCCUCAAAAGAAACGAAAUUUGUUACACAUGGAUGGAUGAACGAAGGGGAUCACAUGAGUGCAAUCCGUGAUGGCUGGAUACAGGCUGGAGAUUACAAUGUUAUUGUCAUAGACUGGUCAGCGGAAGCAGGAAACUGGAAUUAUGCUCAGGCAAAAGCUGCUGUAACAGGAGUUGGAGAAAUAGUGGCAACUUUCAUCAACUGGCUUGCUUCUCUUGGUGCCAGCACCAAUAACAUGCAGCUUGUAGGACACAGCCUAGGCGCUCACGUCUGUGGUGUUGCAGGAAAUCGUGUUACUGCAGGAAGACUGAACAGAAUUACAGGCAUGGACCCAGCAGCACCACUCUUCGGCUCAGAGUCUGCCGCAGACCGUCUUGAUGCAAGUGAUGCUGGCUUUGUACAGGUGAUACAUACCAAUGGUGGACUUCUAGGAUGGUAUGAUGCUAUGGGAACAGCUGACUUCUAUCCAAAUGGUGGAAAAUUUCAGCCUGGUUGUGAAUUUGAUGUUACAGGUGCCUGUAGUCAUGGCCGAUCAACUGAAUUCUUUGCUGAAUCCAUAACAACAGGAACAGGAUUUAAGGCAUAUCAGUGUGGCAGCUGGGACGACUUCAAUGCUGGAAAUUGUGCUAGCAAUCCAACAGCUCUCAUGGGAGAGAAACUCUCAAGCAGUGCAUCUGGAACAUACUUUUUGGCUACUGCAAGCUCUUCGCCAUAUGCUCUCGGUUAGACAUGGUGUCUAUUGUUUCAUUCUUCCCAGGGUGUAAGUUGCAUCCCAGUUAACCUGGAACAGUAAUAUCCAUGUUUAUCCAAUGCAUAAAUGUCAUUAAAUAAAUAAUUUGUUGAUGGCAGUCUAUAAAAUCUCUUUCAU